AUGUCUAGUGCCAGAAAUCUAUCUGCCGCUUUGCGGCGGGCACGAGUGCCUCGCCCUCGCCUUCAUCUCCGACCCGCUCUUCCUUACACACCUCUGACGACCGCCGUGCGCAGCUUCAGCGUUAGCUCCACCGUCCGGGCUGACAAGCAGAUCAAGUACACGAGCGAUGCAUACCCCAAUGUCAAGCGCGAUCCCAAGUUCGCAGAGCUUACCGCUGAAGACGUCACGCAUUUCAAGGAGCUUCUGGGCUCCGAGUCAGCUGUUAUUGAUGGCGUGACCGCCGAUGCGACGGACGAUAUCGAGCCCUUCAACAGUGACUGGAUGCGCAAAUACCGUGGCCACACCAGAUUGGUCCUGAAGCCUGGAAGCACAGAGGAGGUUAGCCAGGUGCUGAAAUACUGUAAUGAGAAAAAGCUGGCUGUGGUGCCGCAGGGCGGUAACACUGGUCUGGUCGGUGGCUCCGUGCCCGUUUUCGAUGAGAUCGUCAUCAAUACCUCACGCAUGAACAAGAUCCGCUCGUUCGACGCGGCUUCAGGUGUGCUGGUUGCGGAUGCUGGAGUUAUUCUCGAGGUAGCGGAUCAGUAUCUCGCUGAGCGCGACCACUUGUUCCCUCUGGACUUGGGUGCCAAGGGAUCCUGCCACAUCGGAGGCAACGUCUCUACCAACGCCGGAGGAUUGCGCUUGCUGCGUUACGGCAGUUUGCACGGAACUGUGCUGGGUCUUGAAGCGGUCCUGCCGGACGGGACUAUUGUUGACUCUCUGUCCACUCUGCGGAAGAAUAACACUGGCUACGAUCUCAAGCAGCUCUUCAUUGGCUCCGAGGGUACCAUUGGCCUUGUUACUGCUGUCUCCAUUAUCUGCCCUUCUCGGCCCAAGGCUGUCAAUGUUGCUUACUUCGGAUUGGAGAGCUUCGAGCAGGUGCAACAGGCCUACCUUCAGGCCAAGGGCCAGCUAUCCGAGAUUCUGUCUGCCUUUGAGCUUAUGGACGGCCGCAGCCAGAGUCUGGUCAAGGAGUCUACUGGCAACAAGUAUCCUCUCGAGGGCGAAUACCCCUUCUACUGUCUGAUUGAGACCAGUGGCUCCAAUGCGGAGCACGAUAUGGAAAAGCUGGAGACUUUCCUUGAGAACGUCAUGGGCGAGGGUAUUGUUGCUGAUGGUGUCUUGGCUCAGGAUGAGACCCAGUUCCAGGCUCUGUGGCGCUGGCGUGAGGGCAUCACUGAGGCUCUGAGCCACCUGGGUGGUACGUACAAAUACGAUGUGUCGAUCCCCCUUUCCGAUUUGUAUCUGUUGGUCGAGGAUUGCAAGGCUCGUCUGACCGAGAUGGGCUUCGUUGGUGACGACGACUCUUUCCCUGUUCGUGCCGUUGUGGGAUAUGGCCACAUGGGUGACUCCAACCUGCAUUUGAACGUUUCCGUACGCCAGUACAACAAGGAGGUCGAGAAGGCUAUUGAGCCUUGGGUGUAUGAGUGGAUCCAGAAGCGCCAGGGCAGCAUCAGUGCCGAGCACGGCCUUGGAAUUGCCAAGCGGGAGUUCAUCGGCUACAGCCAGAACGAGACUAUGGUGAAGCUGAUGAAGCAAUUGAAGGCUCUCUACGAUCCGAACGGUAUCAUGAACCCGUACAAGUACAUCUAA